UCCCCGGGUAGGGCGCAGCUCCCCAGCCUCCGCCCCGGCCUCCCCUGGCGCUUCCUUCCGGGUCCUUCGGCCUUUUCCUGGCAGUGCUGCAGGCUCUCGCCUCUUCCCACCCUGCACGCCGCGGUGCUCGACCCUGGGCCUCCGGGUGGGCUGCCUCCGUUAGGGCCGCCCCUGGCCUCCGGGCGCGACUUUCAUUGAUCUCAGAAUUUCUUGGCUCCUUUUGGCCUCUGCAGCCUUGCUGGAGGCUGCCCUGCGGAAUCAGUGAAUAAGGGAAACAGCAACAGUCACGUUAGGCAAAAGCUGAUUUGGACAGUGCCACUGGUUCUUAACGCACGGCCCUCAGUGCAGCGUCCCACACGCAGGGGAUUGUAGAGGUCCCGAGUUGAAGAUAUGGAUCAGAAACUUUCGAAGUUGGUAGAAGAGCUCACAACUUCAGGAGAACCCAGACUAAAUCCUGAGAAAAUGAAGGAACUGAAGAAAAUUUGCAAGUCUUCAGAGGAGCAGCUGAGCCGUGCCUACCGCCUGCUGAUAGCACAGCUGACCCAGGAACACGCUGAGAUCCGCCUCUCAGCUUUCCAGAUCGUGGACGAACUCUUUGCCAGGUCUCACCAGUUCCGGAUGCUGGUUGUUUCCAACUUCCAGGAGUUCCUGGAGCUCACGCUGGGCACGGAUCCCGCACAGCCUCUGCCACCCCCCAGGGAGGCGGCACAGAGGCUGAGGCAGGCGGCCACCCGGGCCGUGGAAGUGUGGAAUGAGAAGUUCGGGGAGGCCUACAAGAAGCUUGCCUUGGGCUACCACUUCUUAAGACACAACAAAAAGGUGGAUUUUCAAGACACAAAUGCUCGGACUCUGGCAGAAAGAAAGAGAGAAGAAGAGAAGCAGAAGCACUUGGAUAAAAUUUACCAAGAAAGAGCCAGCCAGGCGGAGAGGGAGAUGCAAGAAAUGUCUGGAGAAAUUCAAUCCUGCCUGACGGAGGUAGAGAGCUGCUUUAGGCUGCUGGUGCCUUUUGACUUUGACCCGAACCCGGAGACAGAAUCGCUUGGCGUGGCUUCCGGCACGUCUGAUGCCCUUCACUCCUCCUGCGCGGACCAGGGGGGCCCUUGCUGGUCUGGCACCCCUGACCCCUGGGACGGGGAGCAGCCGUGCUGCAGUAGAGACCUGCCUGCCUCUGCAGGCCACCCACCCCAGACAGCCACGGAUGACCUCUCAGAUGAGGAUGAGGACAGUGACCUCGAGGAAUUUAUGCGGAGCCACGGGCUUGGCUCACACAAGUACACGCUGGACGUGGAGCUCUGCUCAGAGGGCCUGAAGGUGCAGGAAAAUGAGGACAACCUCGCUGUCGUCCACGCCGCCCGCGACACACUCAAGCUCAUCCGGAACAAGUUCCUGCCGGCCGUGUGCUCGUGGAUCCAGCGCUUCACCCGCGUUGGGACCCACGGUGGAUGUUUAAAGCGCGCCAUUGACCUGAAGGCGGAAUUGGAGCUUGCGCUGAGAAAAUACAAGGAGCUGGACAUCGAGCCCAAGGGAGGGCAGAGGCACAGGACGGAAGCCCUGGGGGAUGCGGAGGAAGAUGAGGAUGAUGAGGACUUUGUGGAGGUCCCUGAGAAGGAGGGGUAUGAGCCCCACAUCCCCGACCACCUGCGCUCUGAGUAUGGGCUGGAGGCAACACUAGAGAAAGACACAGCUGUGCGGGGCUUGCGGACAAGGAUGAGGAAAGACGAGGAGGCGUCGGACCCCACGUCUGCGGCUGCUCAGCUGUGGUGGCUCCGGGAACACUUGCCGCCACCCUCGUCUGCCAGCCCCCCCAGAGUAUUGCCAGAGCCACAGGAGGCCAAGAAGCUGGCAGCAGAGCGGGCCCGGGCGCCCGUGGUGCCCUACGGCGUGGACCUGCACUACUGGGGCCAGGAGCUCCCCACAGCCGGGAAGAUCCUCAAAUCUGACUCCGAGCACCGCUUCUGGAAGCCCAGCGAGGUGGAGGAGGAAGUGGUCAAUGCCGACGUUUCUGAGAUGCUCCGGAGCCGCCACAUCACUUUUGCAGGGAGGUUUGAGCCUGUGCAGCACAGGUGUCGUGCCCCGAGGCCGGACGGCCGGCUCUGUGAGCGCCAAGAUCGGCUGAAGUGCCCUUUCCACGGGAAGAUCAUUCCAAGGGAUGACGAAGGGAGGCCACUCGACCCGGAGGACAGGGCUCGCGAGCAGCGGCGGCAGCUGCAGAAGCAGGAGCGCCCGGAAUGGCAGGACCUUGAGUUGAUGAGAGACGUGGAGGCAGCCACAGGGCAGGAUCUUGGCUCGUCCAGGUACAGCGGGAAAGGCAGGGGGAAGAAGAGGAGGUACCCCAGCCUCACCAACCUGAAGGCUCAGGCCGACACUGCCCGCGCUCGCAUCGGGAGAAAAGUCUUCGCCAAAGCAGCUGUGCGGAGGGUCAUGACAGCCAUGAACCAGAUGGACCAGAAGAAGCACGAGAAGUUUUCAAACCAGUUUAACUAUGCACUGAACUAGAGAGCUGGGCCCAGUGCACUGGCCAUUAGCACCUUCUCCCUCUGCCAGUGUCUCAGGACAGCAGAGUGGGCGUGGGUCUGGGCAGUAACCGUGCUUUGGCUAUUACUGUGUUUGAUGUAAAGAAAUGGCACAUUGAAAUGCCCUGAAGGUCUGGCCGUGCUGCUGCGACAGGGUUCGUCGUCAUCUGGUGAUGGGUCUGUCCUCGUAGAAGAGGCCCUCGGGCCCGGAGAUGUGAACACAGGCAGCAGUCCUGCUCCAGAGGGCAUCUGCGAGUCCUCGUGAGGCCAGUGCGUGUCGUGGUGCGGGGUUCAGCACUGACAGCGUGUGCGUGCAGCUCAGCUUUCAGAGCUUGCAUUCCCCAGCUGGGAGGUGACCACUCAGAGGAACUCUGGGAAACCCACUUUUAUGCAAAUGUUGUUUUUAACACAAACACAAAGGCCAGUGAACCGUUCACUCAUCUGCUUUCUGUUUCUGGCUUUUCAUACGACAUGUGGCCGCUUGUGCCUGGCUUCUUGCACUUGGCAUUCUGUUUUCAGGGCUCAUCCAUGGAGUUCCCCUCCGACGCAUAAAACAAAGGAGGUGAAAACCUGUCCAUGUGGAAGCUCGUGCACACAUGUCCACAGCAGCGUCGAGGGUACUGAACAUCUCCUGUGCUCACGGGCCGUUUGUGUAUCUUCUUUGGAGAGGAGUCUGUUCAAAUCUCUUGCCUAUUUUUAAUUGAAUAUUUGUCUUGAGUUGUAACCGUUUUUUUCUCUCUCUUUUAGAGAUGGGCUUUUGCUCUUACCCAGGCUGAGUGCAGUGGCACGAUCAUAGCUCACUGCAGCCUCAAACUCCUGGGCUCAAGCCUCCUCCCACGUCAGCCUCCCAGGUAGCUGGGACUACAGGCACACGCCACAACGCUUGGCUAAUUUUUUAAAUUUUUUGUAGGGACGAGCUCUCACUGUGUUGCCCGUGGUGGUCUCGAACUCCUAGCCUUAAGCAAUCCUCCUGCUUCCGUCUCCCAAAGUGUUGGGAUUACAGGCAUGAGCCACCACUCCUAGCCAGGAGUUUAUAUGUAUAUUGUGAAUACUGGAUCCUCAUGUGAUUUGCAAAAACUUUCUUUUUU